CAUAAUUGUUUGCACUAAUUAAAUUAAAACGAAUGGCCCAAACACCAUUUACAGAAAAAUCCUAUCCAUUCCACUUAUCCUUUUCAAAUCCAUAACAUUCUAUAAUUAUUCAGCAAUUUCUUGACUCAAUUCAACAAAUCGAAAAAUGGCGGAAGAAGCACCGCCGCCGCCGUGGCCGGAGCUCCUCGGCAGCAACGACUGGAAGGGCCUCCUGGACCCCCUAGAAAUCACCCUCCGCCGCCUCAUCCUCCGGUGCGGCGACUUCUGCCAAGCCACCUACGACGCCUUCAACAACGACGCCAACUCCAAGUACGCCGGCAGCAGCCGCUACGGCAAGAAGUCCUUCUUCGACAAAGUCAUGCUCGAGUCCGCCGCCGACUACCAAGUCUCCUGCUUCCUCUACGCCACCGCCCAGCUCAGCGUCGCCCAGGCCGUCUUCCUCCGCUCCCUCCGCCCCGACGCCUGGGACCGCGAGUCCAACUGGAUCGGCUACAUCGCCGUCACCACCGACGCCGUCACCGCCGCCCUCGGCCGCCGCGAGAUCUACGUCGUGUGGCGCGGGACCUCCCGCACCUACGAGUGGAUCAACGUCCUCGCCGCCGUCCCCCAGUCCGCCGCCGAGCUCCUUGCCGCGCCAGAACCCAGCGACGACGACGACAACGAGAGGGUGCCGAGGGUCAUGAAAGGGUGGAUGACGAUUUAUACGUCAUCCAACCCAAAAUCGCCCUUUACUAAAUUAAGCGCGCGCUCGCAGCUGCAUAAGAAGAUUAUGCAUCUGCGAGAGCUCUACAAGGGGGAUAGCCUCAGCAUAACGAUGACGGGGCACAGCCUCGGCGCGACUCUGGCGACCCUCGCCGCGUUCGACCUCGUCGAGAACGGCAUCCGCGACAUUCCUGUCGCGGCCGUGGUCUUCGGCAGCCCCCAGGUGGGAAGCAACGCAUUCAGGGAGAGGGUGGCGCGGUACCCGAACCUAAAAAUCCUGCACGUGCGGAACAAGAUCGAUCUGAUAACGCGGUACCCUAGCGUGUUGCUCGGGUACAGGGACGUGGGGGUGGAUCUGGAGAUCGACAAUAGGAAGUCGCCGAGCCUGAAGAGAUCGACGAAUACGGGAGACUGGCACAACCUGCAGGGGAUGCUGCACGUGGUGGCCGGGUGGAACGGGGCGGAUGCGGAGUUCGAGCUGAAGGUGAAGAGGAGCUUGGCGCUUGUUAACAAAUCGAGCGAGUAUUUGAAGGAUGAGCUUUUAAUCCCCGGUAUUUGGUGGGUGGAGAAGAACAAAGGUCUUGUGCGUGAUGACGACGGCGAGUGGGUUCCGACGCCGCCGGCGGAUGAGGAUCAGCCGGUGCCGGAGUUUCCAUGAUUUGAUAUGUCGUUUUGCUCAUGUGUUUGUUGCGUUUUGGAAUGAAAAGCUACUCGCAAGUCAUACAAUUUCCUUGUCACCCGCGACUUUUGAAUUUGUUUUUUUAUAUUUGAUGUGUAACAUUUAAUUCCAGACUUUAUUUUAUUUCGAUAUUGUGUAGGUAAAAUGCGAAUAAGUAGAGAUGUAAAAAAUAUUUAAAAUAAUUAGAAGUUAUAUUAGGUGUAUUAUUAUUGUUAUCAUAUAUACAUAUUUAAUUUGUUACGUAAA